AUGACCAUUUGGACCAUUUUCUGGAGCGGCUCUUUCGGUUGUUGCGCUAUUUUCCAAGUCAUGUGGUUCAAUGGUACACAGCCUAAAACACACAUUGAGGAAGCUAAUCGCCACCUCAACGCUUUAACAACUAGGAUUAAGGAACUGGAAAUACAACUCAAAACUAAGGAAGAAGAGUUAAAUAAAAAGGAAGAAGACUUCAACACAGUUAUGCAGGAAGUACAUUUAAAGCGUGAAACAGAAGUAAACAAUCUUAAUGAAUUAAUAUUUAGACAAAAUGUAAAACUCCAACGUUUAGAACGUGAUUUACUCAAUCGGGAUUCGGAACUCAGCGUUUUACGUAAACGUUGUCGUAUGUUUGAUGAAGUACUCAGAUACAAAGCUACAUUAGCGAAGUUGACUAUUACAAUGGAGCAAGCCGAACAGUAUGCAAAUUUAACAGCUAAAAGUUACCCGGUCAGUGCUAAUAGUAACGGUGUUAAGAGUCCUCUCGAUGUUAUCAAUACAGAUCCAAGUCCACUUAUGAUACGAAAUACUGGUUCAAGCACUGAUGUAACAGAAAUUGAUGGUUUAAUUGAAGAAGUUGGGAAAACACUUAUUCAUUCUGAAGGUCAACGAACAAAAUCCUUGGCUCAUAUUGUUAGUAAUGGCCAGUUAUGACUUUCUUUUGUGUGUGUAUUCUUGUUUUCCUUUCUUACAUUUUUCUAUUCCCUUUUUCUGUCCCGUGAUAAUUGGCUCUCAAACAGGUUAUAUUUUAACUCAAUAGUGUGCUAAUUAUUCCACUUUUGUUUUACAAACAUUGUCUCUUAAUUUCUGUGAUUUGUUCUCCAUAAUUCACUUUAGUUUACACAUAAGAUUUUUAGUUAAAGUGCACGUGCUUUAACUAGAACUUUGUGUGAUCACUUGAAUUAACUGUGAUAUUUUUCAAGAUACUUAACUUGUAAUUUAACGGUUACUAGUAGGGUUUUGUCACUGAAACAUUAAUGGUAGUUGGAAGUGGAGGAAAAUUCAAAGAAACCAUCAAUUCAAACUAUGAUUUGAUUCAAAUCUUAACACGAUUUAGAUUUUCAUGUAAAAAUAUUAAGAUGAGACUUUAUACACGUGUGAUGAAGAAUAGUAUGUGUUACUGUUAUGACUGCAGACUAUUUUUUGUAUACUGUGGUAAAUUGUAAUUUGUUGUCGACAUAUGACUGAUAAGAUAGCUUAUUUUCUGUCAUAUAUACGUUUUUAGUUGAACUGUAAACAUCAUCUCAAUAAACAACAGUAAAAAGUAUAAUACGUCGUGCUUUUAACAUAGCUUAAGUACCGUGACGUCAACUGGUAGUAUGGACACUAUAAUCAAAUAAGUGUAAAAGAAAAAUGUACAGGAUGAAGUUUUAUGGUAAUAAAUACUUUUUACUACAUAUAUAUUUCUAAAAGCUCCGUAAUAGUUUAAAAAAGUUACUUUUUUCUCUAACAAACUGAACUCUUGUAUAAAGAAUAUAAAUGAAUGCUUAAAAGUUAAUUCAGGUUGUAAAGUAUCCGACCAGCUAAAUGUAAGAUGGGCAUAAACUAUUUCUAAUAUAGUGUGUUUUGUCUCGCUUAUUACUUGAUUGUGUGUUAUCAAAAGCUAAUUCUGUUCUUCAGUAAUUGUCUGUCGACUACUUGAUAUUAUGCUCCACUAAAUAUCUUCACAGUAAAUCCUAAUAAUCGCCUAAGUGUAGGAAUUGUUUGUUGUUAAACUUGAGGAAAGCUAGUAAGCCAAAAUAAAAGUUCCUGAAAUUUUAAAAGGAAAAAUGAAGAAUCUGUCCAGCUGUCCAGACUUCACGAGAAACGUGAGCGAAUGGCAUUACUUAAAGUGUACAUUAGAACAAAUUUGCUUAA